AUGGAAAGUGGAAUUAAUAAUAAUGACGAUUUAUCAGAAUUGACACCUCUGUUACGUAGAGACAUGACAGUACCAGUAAGAGCUCGUGCUAAAGAAAUAUUAGUUAAGAGAAUUCCAAUACUAGGAUGGCUGCCAAAUUAUACCUGGGGGAAGCUUGUUCAGGAUGCACUGGCGGGUAUCACUGUUGGACUCACUGCCAUUCCCCAGGGUAUUGCAUAUGCUGUUGUUGCCGGUCUUCCUGCUCAGUAUGGACUUUAUAGCAGUUUUAUGGGCUGUUUUGCUUAUUUCAUUUUCGGAAGUACUAAAGACGUGACCAUCGGACCCACAGCAAUAAUGGCUCUACUAGUUCAACCUUUUGUCAUAAAAUUUGGAAAUGAUUUUGCAGUUCUUCUGUGUUUUCUGUCAGGAUGCAUAAUAAUAUUAAUGGGCCUUCUCCACAUAGGUUUCCUGGUUAAUUUCAUAAGCAUGCCAGUAAUCUGUGGAUUUACAAAUGCUGCAGCACUAAUUAUCGGUGCUUCUCAAUUACACACAUUGUUUGGUAUCCAAGGAAAAACUGAGACAUUUAUUGACUCUAUUGUUAAAGUUGUUAAAAAUAUUAAGCAAGUUAAAUUAUGGGAUACCGUCCUAGGAGUUGUGUCGAUAAUUAUUUUAGUUGGUCUUAAGCAAUUACCAGGUAGCAGAUCAGGAUCAGCCGGAAAGAAAAUAAUGUGGCUAUUGUCUUUGGGAAGAAAUGCAAUAGUCGUGAUCACUGGAAUAAUUCUAGCCUAUACAUUGUCAUUGUACGACAACAAUCCAUUUAUUAUAACGGGAAAUAUUACCGAAGGUCUUCCAUCACUGAGCUUGCCACCUUUUUCAACAGAGUUCAACAGUACCAAGUAUGAAUUCACUGACAUGGUUAGAGAACUCGGUAGUAGCUUAGCUUCUAUUCCUCUAAUUGCUAUUCUUGAGAGUAUUGCUAUAGCAAAAGCUUUUGCAAAAGGAAAAUCGGUAGAUGCAAACCAGGAAAUGAUAGCAUUAGGUUUCUGCAAUUUAUUCGGCAGUUUCGUGAGAUCGAUGCCAGUAGCUGGGAGUUUUACAAGAACUGCUAUUAAUUCUGCGUCAGGAGUGAAAACACCAAUGGGUGGAAUAGUCACCGGUUCGUUGGUACUUUUAGCAUGUGGACUACUUACGUCGACCUUUAAAUUCAUUCCCAAGUGUACUCUUGCUGCUGUUAUUAUCGUAGCAAUGUACUACAUGCUUGAGUUUCAUAUUUUUCGCGUCCUCUGGAGAUCUAAAAAGAUUGAUAUACUACCACUAUCAGUGACUCUUGUUUGCUGUCUGCUGAUAAAUCUUGAGUACGGAAUGAUAAUUGGAAUUCUUUUGAAUCUUAUUCUGUUGCUGUAUUUCAGUGCAAGACCAGGAUUGACUAUCGAAGAACGCAACAUUGAAGGUAUCGACGUCCUUCUUGUAGCUCCCGAGCAAUCACUGAGUUUUCCAGCCGCUGAAUAUCUUCGCGAGCGAGUCAUUGAGUGGUGCGACAAAAGAUCUUCUUCCAUUCCUGUUAUUAUUGACGGUAAAUGUAUUCACCGAAUAGACACCACUGUUGCAAAAAAUUUGGGUCUUUUGCACAAAGAUCUAGAAUCAAGAAAUCAGAAAUUAAUUUUUUGGAAUUGGUGUGACGGUGUCAAGAAUACUUUGAUUAACUAUGACAAAAAUUUGACGGUAAAUUUUCGAGAUUCUGCCAAUGUAGCUCAAUUAUUAUCAGAUGAAAAUUCUGAUAUCACAAUCAUAUCAGCACUUUGA